AUGUCUUAUCUUGACACCAAUCUAUGGUUUCCUACCCAACAAGCCUUGGCCCAGCAUAAUGAAGCAAAGCAUGGGAAGUUACCGGAGACUGUGACAUCUCAAAGCUUAAGGCCCAACGUCUCAACGCCUGUACCUCUGUUACAAUUUCGCUUCAAAGACGAGAGCUAUAAGUAUUUCCCUCUGCUCGACUUGACAGUCAUUCACCACCGUCUCAUUCUCAAAUGCCAUUCUUUCAAUCGCCUUAGAAAAGAGUGCUACAUCUUACCAAGCGAGCCGAGACAGGAGAAUUGGGAGAAUCGUACGGCUCCUUACCCUAGCUCUCGCGAACCCAAAAGAAAGGCUGUUGCAUUGGAUUGCGAAAUGGCAGGUGUCAGAAACGGUGAUAGUGAGAUUAUAUCCAUCUGUGUUAUCGACUUCUUCUCUGGCCAAGUUUUAACCAAUUCCCUUGUUAAACCUCACGAGCCCAUCAUUGAAUGGCGAACCAACAUCCAUGGCAUACGGCCGGCAACAUUGUCAAUGGCUGUAUCUCAAGGACAAGCUCUUCGCGGUUGGGAAGCAACACGACAAGAGCUUUUCAAGCAUAUCAACACAGACACGGUACUAGUCGGACAAUCUCUCAAUCAAGACUUAAAAAGUCUGCGAAUAUCACAUGGAAAGAUCUUCGAUACUGCUAUUCUUACAGCAGAAAUGGUGUUUGGGACAGACGCUGGUUUUGGCCGUCGAUGGAGUCUCCAGUCGCUAUAUUCGACGGCGGCACGAGAGGUUGCGUUAUGGUGCCUAUGUUACCCUCACGAGUUGGAGCAGUGGGGAAAAAGGGCCCGCGAGAAGUACAUUGCUGAGAAGUUGAAAGCGGUGAAGGGCAGGCGAAAGAAGAGAGGAAAUGUACAACGCUCAUCGCGUAUUCGCGACGAUGAUGAAGAUGACUGGGGGUAUCAUUAUGAUUACGGUUAUGAUGGUGAUGAUAUCCUUCGUUGGGAGGACGUCGUAGACUGGGAAAUAUGGCCGAAGUCACCACCCUCUGAUUAAUAAUGCAAGGUAAUCAUAUUUGUUAUCGCUAUAUGCUUUUUGGUACCUAAAUUUGGAUCAAAAAUGGACAAUGUCAACAAGAAUAAAUCUGUUGACACCACUCACCGCGAGAAUCUGCUACAGAUUGAAGGUCGAUACAUGCCACUCGUAAUUCGGAUCGCCAGUUGUCCCUACCAGUGUCUACAGAGAGAAUCGCAAACUAAAAGGUUUCAGGCCCUGUAGGCCUCGAUCUUUAGAUUCAAGGGGCAAACUGGGCUUAGGGUAAGUUUUGCUUCCUUGGUUAUUGUGAGACUACCGCCUGACUCCAGGAGAGCCGACAGACCGAGCUCAAACGGCAGAGCCUGCCGAUGAUGUGAUUAGAAUAAAGCGACU